CUGGAGGCGCAGAGCGUCUACAUCCUGCGCGAGGCGUACCGGGAGUUCUCGCGGCUGUGCAUGCUCUGGUCGAUCGGCAAGGACUCGACCGUCCUGCUGUGGCUGACCCGCAAGGCGUUCUUCGGCGAGGUGCCGUUCCCGCUGGUGCACAUCGACACCUCGUUCAAGAUCCCGGAGAUGAUCGCCUACCGCGACCGGCUGGUGCGCGACUGGAAGCUCAACCUGAUCUAUGGCGAGAAUCGCGCCGCCCUGGAUGCCAGGCGGACCUUUCCGGCGGGCGCGCUGUCGCGCAUCGCCUGCUGCAAGGCGCUGAAGACCGACGCGCUGGUCAACACGCUGUCCGGCGCCUGGCCACGCUACCGGUUCGAUCACGAGCAGGACCGCUACGUCGAGGACGCCAACACCGAGCCGUACACCGGGGUGAUCGUCGGGGCGCGCGCGGACGAGGAGGGCAGCCGCUCCAAGGAGCGCUACUUCUCGCCGCGCGACCACCACAGCGACUGGGACAUCGGCGAUCAGCCGCCGGAGCUGUGGAACCAGUUCAAGACCGACUUCGCGCCCGGCACCCACGUACGCAUCCAUCCGCUGCUGGACUGGACCGAGCUCAACAUCUGGGAGUACAUCGCCGCGGAGCGGAUCCCGGUGGUGCCGCUCUACUUCGACCAGGGCGACGGCACCCGCUACCGGUCGCUGGGCUGCUACCCCUGCACCACGCCGGUCGAGUCCACCGCCUCGACCGUGAACGACAUCGUGGAAGAGCUGCGCACCGGCAAGUUCUCGCACGUGGCCGAACGGGCCGGCCGCGAGCAGGACAAGGAGGGCGACGGCACGCUCGAGACCCUGCGCCGCGAGGGGUACAUGUAA